AUGACAACCCCUCCACCAUUUCUUUUGUUUUUUUCCUUUGGUUUUUCCCGCGCGCUUCCAAUACCGGUACUCCACGUUUGCUGGAAGGAAAGAAGUCGCGAAAUGCCCCCCAAGUUUGACCCCAACCAGGAGCUUAUAGUCAUUGUGAGGGCCGUCGGCGGUGAAGUGCCUGCCACAGCGUCGCUCGCUCCGAAGGUCGGUCCGCUCGGCCUGAAUGCCAAGAAGAUCGGCGAGGACAUCGCCAAGUCCACGAAGGACUGGAAGGGUCUCAAGGUCACAUGUGAGCUGCGCGUCAAGAACCGUGUGGCCACUGUGCGUGUCACGCCCUCCGUUGCCUCUCGUUUGAUCCGCGCCCUGAAGGAGCCGCCGCGUGACCGCAAGAAGGUGAAGAACAUCAAGCACAGCGGCAAUAUCCCCUUCUCGGAGAUUCUUAAGAUUGCAAAGGAGGCGGCGCCCAACUCCAUGGGGGCCAACAUGAAGUCCGUCGUGAUGGAGGUGCUCGGCACGGCGCUUUCCGUAGGCUGCACAAUCGAUGGCGAGAACCCGCGGGAAAUACAGGACAAGGUGCGUAAUGGCAAAUUGAAGGUUCCGAACUGA